UAAGAGAGAGGAGGAGAGAGCGAGACAGAGCGAGCAAUCGAGAGAGAGAGCGAGGAAAACCAAGCUUUGUGUGACUGUGGACGCAUACUGCAUGAAGAGGUAUUGGAUGCCCCUUAUUUGAGCGUUAACGGAUUUUGAGAGUAAAACACAUAUUUUGCAUAACAGACGCGUUUUUUUUUUACUAGCCGUUUUAGGAUCGGAUUCACGCGUCGAUGGCAUCAGCACCGGAGGGUGUCCCUCUUGCCUCCACCAGGCACAACCGAUAACGGGAAGGGCUGCUGCUGCCGUUUCUAGUGUUACAUAUUUAUUUAUUCUCAUGCGCGCUGCAACGUUAAGGGAAACGUGACCAGAGCAAACCGGGACAUUUCGCCGAUCAUGGAGUAAUGCCCGCGUGAGCAGCGUAUGAGAGGUUCCCAAUGUUGAACAUGUCGACCCCCAGCGAGCUCAAGUCUCCGUGUGUCACGAGGAACGGCAUGGUCAAGCUCCCCCCUCAGCCCAACGGUCUGGGCAGCGCCAGCAUCACCAAGGGCACGCCUGCCGCCAAGAACCGCCUGUGCCAGUCCUCCUCCGUGCCCGGCAUCCUACCCCCUCCUUCCCUACCCUACCACCUGGACCCCCUGCCCACCGCAGCUUCUCUCCUGGGGCCGAACCUGGACACCAGCCCCCUGACGGCCCUCCAACCCCCGCUGCGCAAGGUCCCCCUCACUUUACCCAAGCCGCCCUUGCCCCUGGCCCUCACCCUGCCUCUGGCCCUUCUGCUGCCCCUGGAGCGCCAGCUGGCCCUAGAUGAGAAGCUGCUCAACAGGCUGCUGUGGUACUUCACCACGGCUGAGAAGUGUGUCCUGGCCCAGGUGUGCAGGACCUGGAGGAAGGUUCUGUACCAGCCCAAGUUCUGGGAGGGUGUCACACCCGUCCUCCAUGCCAAGGAGCUGUACGCCCUACUUCCCAGCGGAGAGAAGGAGUUUGUCAGCCUGCAGGCCUUCGCCCUCAGGGGGUUCCAGGCGUUCUGUCUGGUGGGGGUUUCGGACCUGGACAUUUGUGAGUUCAUUGAUAACUACUCCUUGUCCAAGAAGGGGGUGAAGUCGGUCAGUCUGAAGAGGUCCACCAUCACAGACGCAGGCCUGGAGGUGAUGCUGGAACAGAUGCAGGGUCUGAUGCACCUGGAGUUGGCCGGUUGUAAUGACUUCACGGAGGCCGGCCUGUGGUCCAGCCUGAAUGCACGGCUCACCUCGCUCAGCGUCAGCGACUGUAUCAACGUGGCAGACGAUGCUAUCGCCGCCAUCUCACAGCUACUGCCCAACCUGUCAGAGCUCAACCUACAGGCCUACCACGUAACCGACACAGCCAUGGCCUACUUCACAGCCAAACAGGGCUACACUACUCACACGCUGCGUCUCCACUCAUGUUGGGAGAUCACCAACCAUGGUGUGGUUAACAUGGUCCACAGCCUGCCCAACCUCACGGCUCUGAGCCUGUCAGGCUGCUCUAAAAUUACUGAUGAUGGGGUGGAGCUGGUAGCAGAGAACCUGAGGAAGCUGCGGAGCCUGGACCUCUCCUGGUGCCCACGCAUCACUGACAUGGCCCUGGAGUACAUCGCCUGUGACCUCCACAAACUAGAGGAGCUGGUACUGGACAGAUGUGUGAGGAUUACAGAUACAGGUCUAGGUUACCUGUCCACCAUGUCUUCUUUGAGGAGUCUGUACCUGCGAUGGUGCUGUCAGGUGCAGGACUUUGGGCUACAGCACCUGUUUGGCAUGAGGAGUCUGCGUCUUCUCUCUCUCGCAGGUUGUCCACUCCUGACCACUACAGGUCUAUCUGGUUUGAUCCAGAUCCAGGAUCUAGAGGAGUUAGAGCUGACCAACUGUCCUGGAGCCACAGCUGAACUCUUCAAGUACUACUCGCAACACCUGCCACGCUGCAUGGUCAUCGAGUAGCCCCCCACCCGGCUCCCCACGCGCCUCCCAGUCACUCACACCCACCCACCCACCUCAACCACAUCACACACCCCUUUAACCUACCAACCUAUCUAACUACCAACUGACCUGCCUACCAAUCCCCUACCCACCUACCCAACUAACGACCACCCCCUUACUUCAGCCCAACGAACGCAGAGGAGGAUGAUGGUGACGAUGAUGAUGGAGCCAGCCAGGAUCUCUGUUCCAGCCAGGAUCUCUGCUUCAGGAUCCAUCAGGGAACAUUUACAGGAAAGAGGGAAUUUUUUGUAGAGGGAUAAACUAAGAAAAGGGAAUUUAUUGGAUUAGAGGGAUGUGAGCUCGGAGGGAUGUGAUUGGAGGGAUGUGAGCUCGGAGGGAUGUGAUUGGAGGGAUGUGAGCGCGGAGGGAUUUUCCGUACAGACCAGAUAUGACAGUUUAACAUGGCUGUGAUGGAAUCAAGUGGAGAAAGGGAUUAAGUCUGGGACACGUCCGACGCAGGAUCAUUGAAGACACACACACACACACAUACUGCUCACACAAACACACAUACACACACACACACACACACUGCACACACACACA